AAUUCCCGGACGUGAGCACAAGCACUCCCAUUUCCUCUUUGGCACUAGAAAAGCAACUAUAUUGUAGGAAAAAAUUGGCAAGACUGAAGUAUCCCCACGUGGUUUGAAAUAUGUUGGGUUGACAGAUUACCUGUUGUUUAGUGUUUUGUGUAUUUUCUGUUUAUAAAAAUAACGGCCUUUUACAUACAUAAGAAUAAUGGGGAAGAAUAAGAAGACUCGAAAAGUUGUUAUGCAAAAAUUUGCACAAAUGAAAAAAAUGAUAAGUCUAAGCGAUUCAAGGAUAAAGCCAGAAAAACGAGCACCAUCAAAGAAAGUUAAAAAAGAGGACCCGACUAAGUUAAAAAUAAUAGAGGCGCCCCAGCAAUCCUCUGCAUUAUUCUUCCAGUACAAUACACAAUUGGGUCCUCCCUAUCACAUCUUGAUAGACACAAACUUUAUUAAUUUUUCAAUCAAAAACAAACUAGACGUCAUAGAAAGUAUGAUGGAAUGUCUUUAUGCAAAAUGUAUUCCAUAUAUAACAGAUUGUGUGAUGGGUGAAUUGGAGAAGCUUGGACAGAAGUAUAAAAUAGCAUUGAAGAUCAUACGGGACCCCAGAUUCGAAAGGUUGAACUGCAUACACAAAGGCACUUAUGCGGAUGACUGUCUUGUUAACAGAGUCACUCAACACAAGUGUUACAUUGUGGCGACAAACGACAAAGACUUGAAACGGCGGAUACGAAAAAUUCCUGGUGUACCUAUAAUGUACGUCUCUCAGCACCGAUACACCAUAGAGAGAAUGCCGGACGCAUACGGAGCGCCCAAAAAAUAACCUGUUAGCUUUGUAAUUUCUUAUUGUAUA